CACAUUUAUUAGGUUACAAUCGACUGCUAUAAAAACUAGAUUUUUGCAGCACUGUCUUCUCAAAAGCUCAAACCCUAGCUCCUGGUGUGGCGCCGGCUUCCUGAUAUCUCUCUUGGCUUCCUGCACAGCAUUAUCUAUAAGCAAAGAUGGUUAGAGUUAGUGUACUGAAUGAUGCUCUCAAGAGUAUGUACAAUGCGGAGAAGCGAGGGAAGCGUCAGGUCAUGAUUAGACCCUCUUCCAAGGUCAUUAUUAAGUUUCUCUUGGUGAUGCAGAAGCAUGGAUAUAUUGGGGAGUUUGAAUAUGUCGAUGACCACCGAUCUGGUAAAAUUGUGGUCGAACUGAAUGGAAGGUUGAACAAGUGUGGAGUCAUCAGCCCUCGCUUUGAUGUUGGUGUCAAGGAAAUUGAGGGGUGGACUGCAAGGUUACUUCCCUCCAGACAGUUUGGAUACAUUGUGUUGACGACAUCUGCCGGGAUCAUGGACCAUGAAGAGGCUAGAAGAAAGAAUGUUGGUGGAAAAGUGCUUGGCUUCUUUUAUUAGGCUAAUGUUCCAUGGAUGAAUUUGAAAAUUUUUCAUUAUUCGAAGAGCUUUUUGGUGUACUGUUGGGAUUGUAGACAUUAAGGAUAUGUUUUGUCCAUCUGCUUUCAAAUGCGAGUAGAGAUUUAAACUUGUUAUGUUUGAUCAUAUAUUUUUAUGGAUUGUUAUUUUUCAUCACCUUAAUAUGCAACUUUUUUUUGCC